CCUGUGCUGAUACCUGCCUGCAGUGCUAUGAAGGCCAAAGCCUCGGACAUGCACAGCAAGGACUGUGUCAGAGUGGCCGUCAGAGUCCGACCGUUCAACAAGAGAGAGAGGGACGCCGGAAGCCGCUGCAUCGUCUCCAUGGUGACGAGCUCUGUCACCAUCCAGGACCCACGUGACUCUGAGAACCGCCGCUCGUUCUGCUUCGACUACGCCUACUGGUCCCACAGCGGCUUCACGCGAGACCACAGUGGCCUGUAUGUGGCUGAAGAGCCGGGGGGACGCUACGCUGACCAGGACAGUGUGUUCCAGGACCUGGGAGAGGGAAUACUGGAGAACGCGCUGCAGGGAUACAAUGCCACCCUGCUGGCCUACGGGCAAACCGGCUCUGGGAAGAGUUACUCGAUGGUGGGCUACGGGCCAAACAAAGGCCUCGUUCCUAAACUCUCUGACCGGUUGUUUCGGGUUGUAAGAGAAAACCAGGAUACAAGACAGUGUCAGGUCUUUUUCAGUAUGAUGGAAAUCUAUAAUGAGCAGGUGGUUGACCUGCUGUCUCGGGGGUCUCGAAUUCCAGGGGGGCUUAGAGUGAGAGAGGAGCAGCAAAGAGGCUUCUACGUGGAGGGUCUCCGCACCGUACCCUGUGACAGUGCAUCACAGGUGGAGCAGCUGAUGGAGCAGGGGACCAGGACCCGAACCACUACAGCCACUCACAUGAACGCCAACAGCAGUCGCUCGCACAUGGUCAUUCUUCUCCAGCUCAAGCAAAUAUUUUCUAAAGAAAGCAUCACAAAGCAGUCCAACAUUAAUCUAGUGGACCUGGCUGGCAGCGAGCGUCAGCGAUCGUCUGGGUCUGAGGCCGACAGGCUCAAGGAGGGCACGGCCAUCAACCUGAGCCUCACCACGCUGGGCAAUGUCAUCAGCGCCCUUGCUGAUGUGGCAGUGGGGAAAAAGGUCAUCCAUAUUCCUUACAGAGACUCAGUUCUCACCAAGCUGCUGCAGUCUGCACUGGGAGGCAACAGUCGCACCGUUAUGAUUGCCACGCUGAGCCCUGCUGACAUCUGCUACGAGGAGUCUCUCUCAACCCUGCGCUAUGCUGAGAGGGCAAAACGGAUCCAGAACCGGCCUGUGGUGAAUGAGAGUCCUACUGAGCGUUUGGUUAAAGAGCUGAAGGCUGAGAAUGCCAGACUGCUGCAGCGACUGAACCGGCUGGGCCAGGAGGGACGCAGAGCUGCAAACGAGACCAAGGAGCUUCGCCAGCUGCUGACCCACAAUGAGCUCCAGAUCAGAGCCAUUCAGACUAUGUGGGAACAGCACCUGCAGGAGGCGCUGAAGGACUGGGAGCAGCAGUAUGCUAACAUCACACAGGAGAGGAGGAUGAUGCAGAUGCAUCCCUACAUCCUGAACAUCAACGAGGAUGCUCAGCUGUCUGGGGUGAUCAAGCUUUUCAUCCAGGAAGGUGAAUGGGAGGUCGGCCUGUGUGACUCCUCUCCAAGGUGCAUCUCUGUCAAGGGGCUAGGGAUCCAGGAGCGUCAUGCUGUGUUUAAGAAUGAACAACGCCAGGUAACACUGACCCCACUGGCAGGGUCAAAGGUCACUGUGAAUGGCAGUACUGUUUCCGAGACAACUGAGCUGCAGCACUUGGACCGCCUCAUUCUCGGCUCCAACUGCACCUACCUGUUCAUUGGUUUUCCCUCUGAGAGGGGCGUGGACGACUGGAGCCGCUACGACUAUGACUUCUUCCAGUCUGAACUGGCGGCUGCUGAGGGCAUCCACCUGGGUGAGUCCAGCGCUGGGUCCAGUCAGACAGACCCCAGUCUGCUGGCUGUUUUCUACGACUACAUCGAACUGAUGCCCAUGGUAGCUGAAGCCAACCAGAUGAGCCAGGAGCUUAACAAGGGGGUGGAAUUUAAGUUGGAGAUCAAGAAUCUGGCAUUGUCAGAUCCAAAAGGACACGACCUAGAGAAGGAGACUGUGGUCAGAGUCACCUCUGUGGGUAAAAAGCAGGUGUGGAUGUGGUCCAAGGCCAAGUUUGUGAACCGUAAAUUUCUGAUGGAAGAGGUCUACCAGCAGCAUCAGGCUGAGCAGAGUGGAGACAGUAGAGCACAGGGCCCGUGUACAUCUGCUUUACCCAGAGAUAAAGACCCAUUCUGGGAUCCAGUGGAGCCUCUGCUGCUGGGCACCGCUCACCUCUGGCUUCAGUCUUUGGCCUUCCGCAUCCCUCUGGAAGAGCAACUGGAGGUGUUGGGGUCAGAUGGCAGAGAGGAGGCCAUUCUGCAGGCACAGCUCGUUCCAUGCAGCUCCACUGGACUCCCACUGGCUGAAGAUGACAUCCUGAUCGACCCGUGUGAGUUACUGGGUCGACGACUGGACUUCCAGCUGAUCCUGGAACAGUUUUGUGGUCUGCACUGGAUCAGAGAGGCCCGCAAUAGAGGGGUGCAAAUUGGUUUCAGGUUAUUUGACUGCAGCCAGCCUCUCUACACUCCAGCUGUGUGGCACAACAUCAACCCCCUGUUGGAUUACAGAGUCCACUUCGCCUCGUUGCACACCUCCCGACGUCUGCUAGACUACCUGCAGAGCAGCGCUGUUGUGCUGGAGCUCUGGGGUCUUCAAGAGGGUUCUUCAGACUUGACCUCGUCUUUGGAGGGAAUGAGGAUGACUACAGAGGGAAUCUUCAUCAUCGACGAGACGGGUCCAACAAAUGCAGCAGUGAGUUUAAUGUCAAGUCACUUUGACCUGUUUCUAAAACUACGGAAGAGACGUGCAUUCUAACUUGUGUAUUUAAGUAACUGUAACAGGACAGACUUGAGUAACUAGUAUUUGGUUUUCAUAACUUUCCUAUAGGACAUAAUGGGUAAGUAACUUUAGUGCACAGGUACAGCGUCUUUUCUUAUUCAAAGAUCAAUUAAUAAGGCAAAAU